AUGUCUGCCUGCCAGCCAGCCGCUGCCGGCCGCGGCUCUCGCUGUCACCGUAAACGAAUUGUGUCGGCACCAAUUCGCUGGAUCGCGCGCCGGCGCCACCGCCGCCGCCGCCGCCGCCGCCACCCAAAUCGAAUUUUCGUUCAUGGCAGCGAUACUGUCAACACAGUCAUCUCCGCCCGUCGCUACGAGACAUGCGGCGGCGUGGCGGCAAACGCGGUCUGCCACCGCCCGCCGCGCACGGUGUGGCCGCAGGCGCUGCGCCGCGGUGCCCUGCGAGUGGGGCUGGCCGGGCCGGGCCACGCCGAACCGCGCGCUGCCGACCGCUUUAAUUGGCGCGCUGUAAUUAUUAAAUGCGCCGCCUGCCAGCCUACGUCACCCACGAUGUUUGAGGCGGCGCUGUCCUGUUGGCAGGCGACGGAGCUGCCCGACGUGGCGCCGCCGCUGGUGCUGCCCGGGGCGCCAGCGGCCGUGCGCUGCAAUGGCGGCGUCCUGACGCCCGUGGCCGCGGGACCUCCGCCCGCCAAGGAGCUGCACCGCGACAAGGUGGCGCUGUGCCUGGCCGCGGGCGGGCUCGUGGCGGGGCCGAUCUUCCAGCAGGAACCGCCGCCCUCCAGCCUAGACUCCAGGGUCGCCGUCGUGCGCAGAAUACUCAGCGACGUGCCGCUCAUCGACGGCCACAAUGACCUCCCGUGGAACGUGCGCAAGUUCGCGCGGGGGCAGCUCGUUGGCUUCAACCUGACGGCCGAUCUCCGCCACGUGGAGCCGUGGUCCCGCAGCGCCUGGUCGCACACAGACCUGCCGCGCAUGCGCGCAGGCAUGCUCGGAGCACAGUUCUGGUCGGCGUACGUGCCGUGCGGCGCGCAGUACCUGGACGCGGUGCAGCUGACGCUGGAGCAGAUCGACCUCGUCAAGAGGAUCAUCAGCCUGCAUCCGCAGCACUUGGUGCUCGCCACUUCCCCCAAGGGUGUCCUGGAGGCGCACAGGGCGGGCCAGAUUGCGUCGCUGGUGGGCGUGGAGGGCGGACACUCGCUGGGCAGCUCGCUGGCCGUGCUGCGCACCUUCUACAGCCUGGGCGCGCGCUACCUCACGCUCACCCACACCUGCCACACGGCGUGGUGAGUUUCAUCAGAAGUAGUGACUGGCGUAUUGCCGGGGCUCACCGACUUUGGACGGGCGGUGGUCCGCGAGAUGAACCGCCUGGGCAUGAUGGUGGACCUGUCGCACGCCAGCGUGAGGACCAUGAAGGACGCGCUGGAGACCAGCAAGGCGCCCGUCAUCUUCUCCCACUCCAGCGCCUACUCCAUCUGCAACAGCUCCAGGAACGUGCCCGACGACGUCCUCAGGCUGUUGGCUGACAACGGCGGUAUAGUGAUGGUGAACUUCUACACGUACUUCAUCACCUGUAAUUCGACUGCCAAUAUAUCUGAUGUGAUAGCGCACAUCAAUCACGUACGAGAAGUGGCGGGUAUCGACCACGUGGGCAUCGGCGCCGGAUACGACGGCAUCAACCACACGCCGACUGGCCUGGAGGACGUGUCUCGGUACCCUUACCUGCUGGCCGAGCUGCUGAGCGACCCCCUGUGGACGGAGCAAGACGUGAAGAAGCUCGCCGGUCUCAACCUCCUGAGGGUCUUCAGAGAGGUUGAAGAGGUCCGCGACAAGUGGCAGCUGGCGGCUGUGACGCCCGCUGAGGACCUGAUCCCCGCGGCGGACCUGGAGGGCCACACCACCUGCAUGUACCUCGCCUCCUGACCUGCCGUCGCCGUCUUCGUCCUCAUGAUUUCACGCAGCAGCCAGGCUCCACAAUAACCCACAAAGAAGAAGAAGAAGAGGGAGGUGAUGGCACCACCCUCACGAUGGAGACCUCUCUGCUCCACGGCGCAUCGACACCCCCUGCCGUGUAACGCACACUCCUGGGACCAAUUCAGCACGGAGGCCUCGGUCCAAAACUUACACUGUUGCCGACGGACGUAGGCCUACCCCAUCUACGGAGGUGUUUCGCCGAGAAUACUGCAGGAUGAUAAUUUUUCCACUCCUAUGGGCCACCAGCGGGGUGCCGUAUUGCUGUUGCUCGAAAAUACGAGUGGCUGAGAUUGGUUUCAUCUGCCGUCAUAUAACGGCAGCGCAGUAACACCGUUCCAGCGCGGCACUACUACGCAACAUCUUACCAGCAUAUCACUUUUCUAACGCCUGUGAUGUAGUUUAGAAGUAUUGUAGAGCGUUGAGUAGGAACACUUACAGUUUUACGUAUCUAAUGAGAAGGUAUCAUUAGUGAGCACUAUGUAGGUACAAUUUGGGAAUGGAGAAUGCUCAAUGAACUUCAUGUGAAGAACGUUUUCUGAGGUGUCAUUCGAAGUAAAGUAGGGAUUUCUCGUUUCUCUCAACAGGUAAA